CAGUAACCAAAAAAAAUGCAUCACAACAUUUUAACCGAUUUACCAUCCAUCCCAACAAUCCCUUCACCUGCUCCUUUGCAUAUAGGUAUAACUACAAGGGUAAUGGCAAGAAGGCAAUCUCUUCAAAAAGGAAAAAGUGCCCUAGAUGUAGAUCAAGUGACUUAUUAUUACAGUAGGUAUAGGAAUAUAACUUGGUGCUAGUGGAACUUUUUAGAACCGACAACGUUCCUCGCUAUUUCUAACUGGUACUCAAAUACCAAAUUCGGUAAUCAGAUUUGAAAUGGAGAACCAUGCUAAAUCUCAGACCGAUUUCAACAUGAGAAGAAGUGAGAGGGACGAACUUGUACAACAGUUAAUAAAAUCCUUACAACAAAUGCAGAAUUCUCGGUCUGUAUCAGGCUCGCUUGAUAGUUCAAAUAGUGACCGUGCGUCUUCAAAUUUCACCAAGGAAUCACAAAGUUUGACGCAAGAAAUAGAAUCUAGAUAUAAGGGGAAUGCGAGUAGUUGCCUGAUCGUGCAAGAUCCAGAAAAUUCAAAAAGAGAUUUGUGGCCUGAACUAAAGAAACAACGACGAAUAUCGUGCAGAACUACAAUAUUAGCUCCGUUGAAUGGAGAAAGACAACCCACGUAUGAGUCCAUACAAAAUGCAAUCCUGAAUUCGGCUGUCCUUAAAGAUAUAUUAUAUGUCGAUUACGUUGAAGAACAGAGAUUUAAAAAUGCGUAUUUGGGAAUAUCUCAAGGGAGACCAAUCACUACCUCUGCAGUUCCAUCUUUAAAGAAAGUAAACGUUUCAUCCCAAAAUAGCCGUGAAACAAACUUAACAAAAAAGAAACGAACAGCUACCAAAGCAUCACAUACAAAGUUACAGGCUAAAAAGUCUGUUGUUAAAAGAAAAUAAAUUUGGAACAAUACAAACGAUUGCCUCACUCUGUAUAUCAAGUAGUGGUUUGCUAGCCACUAAUUGGCAUGGCGCAAAACAUAACCCGUUGAUGGUUGAUGGUCUGUGACAUAACCUAAAACCUUAUUUAGAUAUUUAGUUAUUUACAAUGUUUAGAAUAUUACGUUGCUGUAGACUUGGAGUAAAUUUAAUUGACUCUGUGAUUAAAGAUAGUAGCUGUAAACCUCUUAAGUACAGACAAAUUCCAAACUUUACUUUUAAAAUUAAGAAUUAUACGAACUCCGUAACAGUAACUCCCUCUUUAGAAGCGGAAAAUUCGGAUGAACCCAAUGUGUCCGAAAUAGUGGGCGAUGACGAGGAAUUGGCACAUAAGUUACGUGUACUAAUCUUGGAGGCGGAAGUCUUCCGACAAGAAGGUAAAGGCGUACCGGACAAUUCAUCAAUCAAAAAUGAGCAAUGGAAGUAUUUGCUGACGUUACCCUCGAUAUCAGCUAGAAGAAAGUAUUUAGAGUUCUUGUAUAAAGUUGAAAAGAAAAAGGAGAAUCGUCAGAGAAAAAAGGAAGACAAACGCAUUGAGUGGGAGGCAAGUGAGAAACCCAAACGGGAUCGUGAGGAUGUGAUGAACUACAAUUUGGGAGGCAAUCAUUUUAUGUUACGUAUCUAUGACACAACAAUGAAUCAGAUGUAUAACAAUCGACUGAUUCAAGCCAUGCAGUUUGGCCAGAAAAUGGUGGUCGAUUGCGGUUUUGGUCAGAAUAUGACACCUAGAGAGAACGCCAACUGUGCUAAACAGUUGAUGCUGCUGUUUGCCGAAAAUAGAGGGAGUGAUGAUCCCUUUGAUUUACAUUACUGCAACACUGUACGAAAUAGCAGUCUUAUGAACGGCUUGAAUAAGUUUAUCACAACGAUGUAUGAGCCUUGGUUUCCAUUACAUUUGCACGAAGAAUCUUAUUUAGAUGUUUUUCCCAAAGAACAACUAGUAUAUCUCACACCACACUGUAAAGAUGUGUUAAAAACAUACAGUCAUGACGAUAUUUAUAUUAUUGGUGGUAUUGUUGAUAAGGUCAAUAAUGAGCCACUAUCACUUGCAAAAGCAAAAAAGGAAGGUCUGCGAAUGGCAAAAUUGCCGUUAGAUUAUUACUUAGACUGGGGUUCAGGUUCGGGCAAAUCGUUGACAAUUAAUCAAGUUUUAUCAAUUCUUGUCGAUGUUAAAGCAACAGGUGAUUGGAAACAUGCCCUAAGACAUGUACCAAGAAGAAAAUUAGCUAACUAUUUCGAGGAGGUCGCGCCAAGGAAAUUAUUUAAUGUUGCACAAGGCAAUUAUCCUGACAAGCCGAAACAUAAAUUUAACAAAGAUUAUAAGUACAGUAAAGAUUUUGAUAAUCUGAAGUAUUUAAGUAGAGUGUCAAAUAUAAAGCGGUACAAGUAGA